CGCGGCAGCCGAACGGCCGGUUCCGGCUGAAUGUCAGUACAGGUCUGAGGGCCGGGGAGGAAGGUGGCUGGCGGUUCCUUCACCACCUCCGCCUCUGCCUCCUCCGUUUGUGCUGCCGCCGUCGGCGACCUGCCGCUCGGCCAUGAAACCGUGAAACGAGCGACGGGCCGUGGCCGCCGACAUGUUUGGCCGCUCGCGGAGCUGGGUGGGCGGGGGCCAUGGCAAGUCCUCCCGCAAUAUCCACUCUUUGGACCACCUCAAGUAUCUGUACCAUGUUUUGACCAAAAACACCACAGUCACAGAACAGAACCGGAACCUGCUCGUGGAGACCAUCCGUUCUAUCACUGAGAUCCUGAUUUGGGGAGAUCAGAAUGACAGCUCUGUAUUUGACUUCUUCCUGGAGAAGAACAUGUUUGUUUUCUUCCUGAACAUCCUGCGGCAGAAAUCGGGCCGCUACGUGUGCGUUCAGCUGCUGCAGACCUUGAACAUCCUCUUUGAGAAUAUCAGUCAUGAGACCUCACUCUAUUAUUUGCUCUCUAAUAACUAUGUAAAUUCUAUCAUUGUCCAUAAGUUUGACUUUUCCGACGAGGAGAUUAUGGCAUAUUAUAUAUCGUUCCUGAAAACACUGUCAUUAAAACUAAACAACCACACUGUCCAUUUCUUUUACAAUGAGCACACUAAUGACUUUGCCCUAUAUACAGAAGCCAUCAAAUUUUUUAACCACCCUGAAAGCAUGGUUAGAAUUGCUGUAAGAACCAUAACUUUGAAUGUCUACAAAGUGUCAUUGGAUAACCAGGCCAUGCUGCACUAUAUCAGAGAUAAAACUGCAGUUCCCUACUUCUCCAAUUUGGUCUGGUUCAUCGGGAGCCACGUGAUUGAACUUGAUAACUGUGUGCAGACUGAUGAGGAGCACCGGAAUCGGGGGAAACUGAGCGACCUGGUGGCCGAGCACCUGGACCACCUGCACUAUCUCAACGACAUCCUCAUCAUCAACUGCGAGUUCCUCAACGAUGUGCUCACAGACCACCUGCUCAACCGGCUCUUCCUGCCCCUCUACGUGUACUCACUGGAGAACCAGGACAAGGGAGGAGAACGACCGAAAAUCAGCCUGCCCGUCUCUCUCUACCUUCUGUCACAGGUCUUCCUAAUUAUACAUCAUGCACCACUGGUGAACUCAUUAGCUGAGGUCAUUCUGAACGGCGAUCUGUCUGAGAUGUAUGCCAAGCCUGAGCAAGAUGUUCAGAGAACUUCUGCCAAGCCCAGCAUUCGGUGUUUCAUUAAACCCACCGAGUCGCUCGAGCGGUCCCUUGAGAUGAACAAGCACAAGGGCAAGAGGCGGAUGCAAAAGAGACCCAACUACAAAAACGUUGGGGAGGAAGAAGAUGAGGAGAAAGGGCCUGCCGAGGAUGCCCAAGAAGACACCGAGAAGGCUAAAGGUACAGAGGGUGGUUCAAAAGGCAUCAGGACGAGUGGGGAGAGUGAAGAGAUAGAGAUGGUGAUCAUGGAGCGCAAGCUCUCAGAGUUGGCUGCCAGCGCCUCCGUGCGGGAGCAGAACACUACGGAUGAGGAGAAGAGCGCUGCUGCCACGGGCUGCGAGAGUGUGCAGUGGAGCAGACCCUUCCUGGAUAUGGUGUACCACGCCCUGGACAGCCCAGACAACGAUUACCAUGCCCUCUUCGUGCUCUGCCUCCUCUAUGCCAUGUCUCAGAAUAAAGGCAUGGAUCCUGAAAAAUUAGAACGAAUCCAGCUCCCAGUGCCAAAUGCAGCCGAAAAGACCUCCUACAACCACCUGCUGGCCGAGAGACUCAUCCGGAUAAUGAACAACGCUGCCCAGCCAGAUGGAAAGAUCCGGCUGGCAACACUGGAGCUGAGCUGCCUGCUCCUGAAGCAGCAAGUCCUGACCGGCACUGGCUGCAUCAUCAAGGAUGUGCACCUGGCCUGCCUGGAGGGCGCCAGAGAAGAAAGUGUUCACCUUGUGAGGCAUUUUUAUAAGGGAGAAGAAAUUUUUUUGGACAUGUUUGAAGACGAGUACAGGAGCAUGACAAUGAAGCCCAUGAACGUGGAGUAUCUCAUGAUGGACGCCUCCAUCCUGCUGCCCCCGACGGGCACGCCACUGACGGGCAUCGACUUUGUGAAGCGUCUGCCGUGUGGCGACGUGGAAAAGACACGACGGGCCAUCCGCGUGUUCUUCAUGCUCCGGUCCCUGUCGCUGCAGCUGCGAGGGGAGCCCGAGACCCAGUUGCCGCUGACGCGGGAGGAGGACCUGAUCAAGACUGACGAUGUCCUGGAUCUGAAUAACAGCGACUUGAUCGCCUGCACGGUGAUCACCAAGGACGGCGGCAUGGUCCAGCGGUUCCUGGCCGUCGACAUUUACCAGAUGAGUUUGGUGGAGCCUGACGUGUCCAGGCUUGGUUGGGGCGUGGUCAAGUUUGCAGGCCUCCUGCAGGACAUGCAGGUGACUGGUGUUGAGGAUGACAGUCGCGCCCUGAAUAUCACCAUCCACAAGCCCGCGUCCAGCCCCCACUCCAAGCCCUUCCCCAUCCUCCAGGCCACCUUUGUCUUCUCGGACCAUAUCCGCUGCAUCAUCGCCAAGCAGCGCUUGGCCAAGGGCCGCAUCCAGGCGAGGCGCAUGAAGAUGCAGAGAAUAGCUGCCCUCCUGGACCUCCCUAUCCAGCCGACAACUGAAGUCCUAGGAUUUGGACUCGGCUCCUCCGCCUCCACCCAGCACCUGCCCUUCCGCUUCUACGACCAGUGCCGCCGGGGCAGCAGCGACCCCACAGUGCAGCGGUCCGUCUUCGCCUCCGUGGACAAAGUGCCAGGUUUUGCCGUGGCCCAGUGUCUGAACCAGCACAGCUCACCACCCCUGUCCUCACCUUCACCGCCGUCUGCCAGCGGGAGCACCGGCCACUGUGACUCGGGGGGUGCCAGCUCGGCCUCCACCCCCUCCAUGGCCCAGAGCCUGCCAGAUGACCCCAGGACACCUGACCAGUCUCAGCCUAACCUCCCUGACCAGUUGGUGACCGUCCACGAGACGGACGCUGAUGCCAAGUCCAGCAAGACCCCGGGAAGGAGCACAGAUGUGGACACAGCCAGCCUGUCCCCCAGCCUCAUCCCCACCCAGCAGCCCACCAUCUCCCUGCUCUACGAGGACACUGCCGACACGCUGAGCAUGGAGUCGCUGACCCUCGUCCCUCCCGUGGACCCCUGCAGCCUCCGCACCCUUGCCGGCCUCCCCCUGCCUCCCACAGCGGCCCCGGGUGGGGGUGCUGUGCCCCAGGAGCCAGCAGGCCCCGCCGCGCACUGACCCGUGGUCUCCCUCCGUGUGCGCCACUGGUGGGGACCCCACAGAGUCCACUCAGCGGACACUUUGGGAGCGACUGCAGUUCCCGGUGGCCCCAGCUGUCCAUCGCAGCCACCUGUCGUUACGCACCCUUGAAAUGGAAGGAGCCCGUCCUCCGUUCUCCAUCUGAAUCGCUCUUUCACUUGGCACCUCUUACGAGCAGGCUGGGACCAGCGGUGAUGCCCAGCAAACCCAGACAACCCCAUGGCCCCUUGGGGACGAUGUUGGGACCUUACUCUCAGAGCCCGACAAGCCCCCGUGGGUCCUGCCGCCGGCCCACUCCUUCCCUCAGGCCGCCCCUCCCAGCACCUUACCCCCUGUUUCCCCGCUGUGCUCAGAAAGCUGCAGACAAGGUCACUUUAGAAGAAAUCUGUAGAAAAGCAGAUUUCGGUGAACAUCGCCUUUGGAUAUUUAUUUCCGCUUUUGGCAGCAGAUGAAAAAUCUUUAUUUCAAGAGCAUCCAUUUAAAAAAAAGAAGUCCAAACCAAUCCUCAACCCUAAAGUUUAAUGUCAUCUUAAAAGUGUAAUAUUGCUGUUAAGAUUUCUUUUUCAUUUUCCCUUGCUUCCCGAAGUUUUCUUUCAGAGUUCUCGUUACGGUUUUCUCCAUUUCCUUAAGCAAUCCUUAUUUCUUUGUUACCCACUAACUCGGCAAGCCUGUGCAAUGAUGGAAUACUUUCCUGGAAAGUUCAGAUUAUUUUUUAAACAAAAACAAGGGAGCCACUCCCCCACCCCAUAUUCCCAGGUACACACAUUGCCGAGAGGGCCGGAGUUUCUCUGCCGUAGCUAAGAGGCUUUGUGUGGCCUGGAUGAGAGCUUUCCGUGAAAGGGGAAGAGAGCAGCUAGCCCCCCACUCGGGCCAUGCGCCUCCUCUCUCCAACAGGAACAGGUUUCGAGCAUCCUCUUCAGUCGUUGCCAUUUUGGAACCACGCGGCCUCCGGACCGAGUGGCUGUGAUGGAAACACAAGGGCCUGUCCUCUCGGUGUCACGCGCAAGUUCACACACCAGGAGACACCAGCCCGGUCCACCCACCCACCCUCCUGCUAGUUCAUAACGUCGACUUUCAUGCGUGUCCCAAGUCCUCGGGGUUUUUCAUCCUUCCUUGCUGAACUCUCCACGGGCCAGUCUCCAUUGGGCUCGUCCGAGCAGGUGAACGCUGGGGUGCGUCACAUGCAGCCCCCGAGAUGCCCCUUUCUAUGCUGCUGCCUGGGCAGCCAGCUCAGUUGCAGCUGCCCCUCACCCUCUCUCAGUUUCCCCCAGGCCGCGCCGGGCCUGGCAGUUGCAUCCCACACACGGGGGCUCGGGCUCUGCCUCUUCCCACCAGGGCUGGCGAGGAAGGCGGACAUGGCACCUGUGGGUCUGCAUCUCUCCAGCCCCAGAAGCCCUCAUGAGGGGAUGAGGGUGUCCACUCAGCCUUCUGGCCACGGGCACCUGGACCUUUGCUUCUGCAGAGAAGACAGCAAGCUGGGCAAGAGGGCAUUUAGGCAGAAGUCAGAGGCCCUGGCAGGAUGGGGCCAGCCGGGACCAUCCACAGAGCCCCCUGAAAGGGGAAGGCAGAUAGGGCAGAAGUGGGGGGAAAGGACCUUGUCAUGGAGAAUGGGAAUGCCCCCUGCCCCCAGCAGCCAGCCACAGGUUUUGCUCUGUCUUCUUUUAGCAAGGGGGUGGGUUAAAAAGGAAGCCACACACUUGUUGCUGAAAUGACACCAGUUGGAGGGCGGCAGAGGUGAGAAGGCCAGUGACUUCCAGCUGUUAUUGCCAGGAACAAGCCCAUGCAGGGCCCCCCCCCAUCCAUUGGCUCCAGGGGGUCUCGUGGCCACUGAGCAUUAUGGAGAAAGGUCUGGGGUUGGGGUGGGGGGCGGGUGUCAGCGUGUCUGGGGCUCCCGUGUAGCAUCACUGAACUCGGUGCACCAUUUCCCCACCAGGCCAGGCCCCUACCCCAUGCUCCUGGCCCAGGGCAGGUUUGCAGGGUCAUUUCAGAAUCCGCGGAGGGUUCCCUUGCCGUGAGCAGGCCCCUUCCCUUCCUCUAAGCCUGUCCUGCUCGGAGGCUUUCUCUGCCUAGGAGGCAGCCGCAGGCCACCCGGCUACCCAGUUAAAUAGCGAGUGGGGGAGUUAAGACAGGCUCUUCUUUAAAAACAUACGCUGAGGUCUCAGAUGCACUGUUUAAAAAGAAAGGCAUGCGGCGAACUGAAUUCCAGUCUUCUUUUUUAGAUGCAACAAAUAUGAACUAUUUAAAGUAGUCAUGUCAACAUUCAGCAGAAACUGUAAGGUUCCUUGUGUUCCUUUGAUUUGCAAAUAUGUAAAUACUUCUUGUGCAGGGAGGCACGGGGGUUGGGAGCCUCGAUGCUUCUGGGCUGACUCAUGUUUCAUGGGUAGUGAACACGAGGGUGGAAAUGAAAACUGGAACUUCCUUGUAAAUUUGAACUUGGCAAUAAAA